GUAAAGCAAAAAUCUGUAAAAUUGAUGGAUCGAACAUUUGUAGUUAGCUUCAGGGGAACCAAAGAAGUCAUGAAUGGAGUCCAAGUAAAACCCUUUCGACUCCAUGAUUGCUAGCCCGUAGAAGCUUCCUCAAUCUAAUACACACACACACACAGAGAUGGGUAGAAUAGGAGUUGCAGUGAUUGUGAGCUUGUGGAUUAUCCCUAUCUCCUUCCUCGUCAAUCGCAUUGUUCCUCACCCUUACAUGGAUGAGAUUUUCCAUGUGCCUCAAGCACAACAAUACUGCAAGGGGAAUUUCACAAGUUGGGAUCCCAUGAUCACCACUCCUCCUGGAUUGUAUUGUCUUUCACUAGCCCAUGUUGCUUCUUUGUUUCCAGGCAUGUUAUGUAUGCAAGUGGCUCCGUCAUUUUCUGAUGCUUGCUCCACUGCUAUUCUUCGCUCCACCAAUGCUAUCUUGGCAGUAAUUUGCAGUGUUCUGGUUUACGAGAUAAUCACUCAGUUGAGACCAGCUCUUGAUGAAAGGAAAGCUACUCUUUAUGCAGUUGUUCUAGCACUGUACCCCCUCCAUUGGUUCUUCACAUUUCUUUAUUACACAGAUGUUGCAUCACUUACUGCAGUGCUUGCCAUGUAUCUUGCGUGUCUAAAGAAGAAUUACAUCUUCAGCGCAUUGCUUGGGUCUUUUUCUGUAUUCAUACGGCAAACAAAUAUUAUAUGGGUGCUCUUUGUUGCAUGUGUUGGGGUUAUAGAUUGCACUCUGGCUUCUAGAAAAGCAAAUGUGCAAUUAGAUGACUCUGAUCUAUCAAUCAGGAAAGACAAUCAGUUAACUUCCAAUAAAGGUGUCACAAGAGGCUCCAACUUGCGAAAGAGAAAUCCUGGCAAAGCUGUGGAUAUUGUCAACCAUUCUAUACAAAGAAGUGCCCCUUCAACAACCUAUUCAUCAGGUUUUUUUGAUGAGAUUCAAGACAUCUUUCUGAUGGCGUGGCAUCAUAAGUGGAAGCUUUUGGUUUCCUUUAGUCCCUUCUUUAUAGUUCUGGUGUCUUUCGUUGCUUUUGUCAGGUGGAAUGGGAGUGUUGUUCUGGGUGCAAAAGAUGCUCAUGCCGUUUCUUCCCAUUUUGCACAAAUAAUGUAUUUUAGUCUGGUUUCUGCUCUGUUCAUGGCCCCUUUCCACACCACUUUUCGUCACACCGCAAUUCUGUUCCAGUCAUUCCGGAAGAACGGACUACUUAGUUUCUUUCAAUGGUUUGUGGCCCUUAUUGUUGGCUUCCUUUCAGUGCACUGUUCCAGCAUAGCUCACCCUUAUCUUCUUGCUGAUAAUCGACACUAUCCCUUCUAUCUUUGGCGGAAAAUCAUCAAUGCUCAUUGGUCAAUGAAGUACCUUCUGGUCCCACUUUAUGUUUACUCAUGGUUUUCCAUCUUCAUUAUCUUGGCAAAAACUCGCACAAAGAUCUGGGUAUUGUCUUAUUUCUUGGCUUGUGCUGCAGUUCUUAUUCCCGCUCCACUAAUAGAGUUUCGAUACUACACUAUACCGUUCUUUUUCUUAAUUCUUCAUUCCAAUGUCAAUGAUUACAAAAGUUGGCUUCUCACAGGAAUCCUUUAUAUUGCCAUCAACAUCUUCACCAUGUUUAUGUUCUUAUUUCGGCCAUUCUACUGGAACCACGAGCCUGGGAUCCAGAGGUUUAUUUGGUAAAUCAUAUGCUUUGACGGAUCAGAUUAGAUUGGUUUUCGGGGGAGGUAAAAGUACUGUCAUCCGAAUUUCUAAAAUUUCAACAGAAACAGUGCUAUAUGUGAUUUGCACCGGACAACAGAGCACGAAGUUUUGGCUUAUGGUUCGGUAUGUACUCUGAUACUAUUUGUUGAAGAAAAUAUUUUUAUGCCUAGUCUAAUUAAAGAAACAAAUUUUUGUAGCUCUUGUUUGAUAAUGUUUCAGUAAACAUGAUUUGUGCCUGUAAUCUUUCAUUUAAUAGAGGACUUUUGGAAUUUCCUCGGUUUUAUGAGAUUCCCUGGUUGAAGGUCUUCUUUC